AUGGAACACCAUAAUUCUGAGUCGGUCGAACCUUGCACGGGGGAGAGCCCAUCUAUCUCGCUCUCGAGGGACGUGACCGCCGUUGACCUCCCUUCGCUGUUGCCGACGUUCACCGAAAAAGAGCAGCCGAAAUGCGAGAGCGACGCGCCCGCUGAGACGGCUGACAUCGGUAUACACUCGCAGAGCGAGAAGACCCUCUCUGAUGGGAAUGCCGUCCCGGUGUUGGUUGACGAAGACAGCUUGGAGACGGAAGACGACGACUGGACGUACCCCGAGGGCGGCCGCGGGUGGUGGGUCGUCACUGGGUGCGCGAUCAUAGCAGCUGUGACACUCGGAUGGGGCCUGGCAUGGGGCGUAUUCCAGAGCUAUUACAAGGAACACUUGUUCCCCGACGUGCCAGAUUCGGUGCUCUCAGUGCUGGGCAGCAUACCAGGGACGAUCAUGAACCCCAUCGCCUUCGUCGUAGGCAAGUUCGCCGACAAAUACGGGUACAGGCUAUUCCUCACCGCCGGGUGUGUGGUCGCAGUGCUCGCUAUGCUCACAGCAUCGUUCUCCACCACUCUCUGGCAGUUCUUCCUCACCCAAGGUCUCCUGCAGGGAUGCUGCACAGGCCUAAUCCUGCCAAUAGCGAUGGCUGCUCCAUCCCAGUGGUUCCUGCGCCGGCGCGCACUCGCAACGGGGAUCGUCAUCGCUGGGAGCUCGUUCGGGGGCGGCCUAGCUUCUCUCGUAGCUCAACAACUGCUCACGCACAUCGGCCUGCGAAACACCCUCCUCACCUACACAGGCGUACACGCAGUGCUCAUGUCCUCCUCCCUGCUGAUGAUCCGCGACCGACCGCACCCCAAGAGUCCGCGUUUCACCCACGCCCGUAUCCAGUGGGUCGACGCCUCCCUUUUCCGCCGGCCGCUCUUCUGGCUCGUCGCUCUCAGCGUAACGAUCAGCACGCUUGGCUACCUCGGACCAUACUUCUACAUCGAACAGUACACGCUAACCUACCUCCCUUCGCUCGACCCCGCACUCGCCUCCCUCCCAGCAGCAAUGAUGAACUUCUCCGCCGCCAUAGGGCGGAGCCUGAUCGGACUCCUAGCCGACAAGAUAGGCGUGCUCAACGCAUUCAUCGGCUCGCUCUUCAUCGCAGGGUGUAUGCAGCUCCUCGUAUGGAACUUUGCUCACUCCUUCGGCACGAUCAUGACCUUCUCAGUCUUGGACGGCUUCUUCGGCGCGGCAUUCAUAUCCCUCAUCAGCGUGCUCGGGGCAAAACUCUUCGGAGUAAGGAACUUAGCGACGCUAAGUGCGAUCCUGAUGAUCUUCUCGAUGCCUGGACAAGCUGCGGGUGGGCCGCUGGUGGGAGCGAUACUCGCUGCGAGUGGGGGCUGGCAGGCGCCCAUCACGUAUAGCGGGUUGUGCUGUGUUGUCGGAGCGUUGGUUAUGAUUCCCGCGAGGUUUGUCAAGGAGAAGAGGGUGUUGGCUGUCUUCUGAUGUCUGACGUCUUGGUUCUCGGUUCUUGGGUGUUCAUCAUAUCAUCCAUGACACGAUAGCCUACGCAAUGUCCAUAAUGACU